AGAAAGGAAGAGUCCAUCGUGCGCGGUCGCAAGUCAUAUGACAGCACUAAGCAUUUCCUCUACACUUGUGCGAACGCCACAACACUGGUCGUUUUCUGUCGAAGUUUAGUGGUAAUAUCAAUUUCAAGAUGCUGGCAUUCAUAAACCAGCUUUUGGACUGGUUCAAGUCCCUCUUUUGGAAAGAGGAGAUGGAGUUGACUCUGGUUGGACUUCAACACUCUGGGAAAACCACAUUUGUUAACGUUAUAGCUUCUGGGCAUUUUAGUGAAGACAUGAUCCCUACAGUAGGAUUCAACAUGAGGAAGGUCACAAAAGGCAACGUUAACAUCAAGAUCUGGGAUAUAGGAGGGCAGCCGAGGUUCAGGAGCAUGUGGGAACGUUACUGUCGGGGAGUUAACGCAAUUGUAUACAUGGUGGAUGCAGCUGACCGUGAGAAGGUGGAGGCUUCCAGGAAUGAGCUGCACAAUUUGUUAGACAAGCCUCAGUUGCAAGGAAUUCCUAUUUUGGUUCUUGGCAACAAAGGAGAUAUCCCCAGUGCUCUAGAUGAGAAGCAGCUCAUUGAAAACAUGAACUUGGCAGCUAUUCAAGACAGAGAGAUUUGCUGCUACUCUAUUUCCUGCAAAGCGAGAGACAACAUAGAUAUCACACUGCAGUGGCUCAUCCAACACUCCAAAUCUGGGAGAAGCUGAAAGUACAGGAACUCUGUUCUCCCAGCUCUAUCUUCAAUGUUACCCUCAUGCCACACCCUGUUCACUCUCUGUUCACACAUGUACAGUGUUCCCUCCAACUUCAAUGCUGCACUGUGCCCCCUGCCCGUUACUCCCUGUUCUAAUUUUAUCCAAUGAUUCUCCCCCACAAAACCCUAUACUACUGCACUACUAAAAGAUGGUAGCCCCUGGUCAAUACCAAAUCCCAUGAGUCACAGAAUGGGCAUUACACCUCUGCCAUGAGGUGCUACUUCAGUCUCCUGAACAGAGAGAGGUUUAGUCUGUCUGCCUUUUUCAUUCUAUUGGCUGAACGACAGGCGUUUCCCACACCUGUAAGUCCAACUGUCUAUAACACUAGUGUAGCGAUCCUACACCCUCAGGAUGGGUUGUUUAGCCACUGACUGGGGCCUCAUCAUUAUACAUGAUCUCCAGACAGUCCUGUGUGAAGCUAUAGGGAAAAUAACAGACAUACACUACAUGACCAAAAGUAUGUGGACACCUGCUCGUCGAACAUCUCAUUCCAAAAUCAUGGGCAUUAAUAUGGAGUUGGUCCCU